CCGUCUCGUCAGCGUUACGGAGAAUUUUGUCCGCCUACCGCCGCCGUCCUAGAUAUUAGUCACCGAGUUCCAGGGUAGGGGAACGUGUGUUUUUGGGAAGCCGGCUGGCGUUGCCGGCACCAUGGAGUCGCCUUUUAGCCCGGGACAUCACCUCUCUCACAGGCCAGAGGAAGAUUGGGAUUCUACCCUGUUUGCUGAACUUGGUUAUCUCACGGACACUGAUGAAUUGCAAUUGGAUGCAGCAAAUGAAACUUACGAAAACAAUUUUGAUAAUCUUGAUUUUGAUUUUGAUUUGAUGCCUUGGGACUCAGACAUUUGGGACAUCAACAACCAAUUUCGUACAGUUAAAGAUAUUAAAGUGGAACCUCAGCCACUUUCUCCAGCCUCUUCAAGUUGUUCAGUCUCAUCUCCUCAGUCUGUGGACUCUUAUUCUUCAACUCAGCAUGUUCCUGAGGAGUUGGAUUUGUCUUCUAGUUCCCAGAUGUCUCCCCUUUCCUUAUAUAGUGAAGGCUCUAAUAGCCCCUCCUCAGCAGAGCUCCUGAAGGAAGACAAGCCCGUUAUUAGUCCUAAGAACAAAACUGAUAAUGGACUGACUCCAAAGAAAAAAAUUCAGAUGAAUUCAAAACCUUCAAUUCAGCCCAAGCCUUUAUUGCUUCCAGCAACACCCAAGACUCAAACCAACUCCAGCGUUCCAGCGAAAGCCAUCAUUAUUCAGACACUACCAACACUUAUGCCACUGGCAAAACAACAGCCGAUUAUCAGUAUACAACCUGCACCCACUACAGGUCAGACUGUUCUGCUCUCUCAGCCUGCUAUGGUACAGCUCCAGGCACCUGGAGUUCUGCCUCCCCCACAGCCAGUCCUUGCUGUCGCCGGUGGAGCUGCACAGCUACCUAAUCACGUGAUGAACGUGCUACCAGCCCCUGUGGCGAAUACCCCAGUGAAUGGAAAACUCUCCGUGUCUAAACCUGUCCUACAAAGUACCAUGAGAAGUGUGGGUUCAGAUAUUGCUGUGCUAAGGAGACAGCAACGUAUGAUUAAAAACCGAGAGUCUGCUUGUCAGUCCCGCAAGAAGAAGAAAGAAUAUAUGCUAGGGUUGGAGGCAAAGCUAAAGGCAGCCCUUUCAGAGAAUGAGAAACUGAAGAAAGAGAAUGGAUCACUGAAGCGGCAGCUGGAUGAAGUUGUAUCAGAGAACCAGAGGCUUAAAGUCCCCAAUCCAAAGCGAAGAGCUGUCUGUGUGAUGAUAGUAUUGGCAUUUGUAAUCCUGAACUACGGACCAAUGAGCAUAUUGGAGCAAGAUUCCAGGAGAGUGAAUCCUGGUGUGAACCCUGCAAAUCAAAGGAGGCAUCUUCUAGGAUUUUCUGCUAAAGAGGGGCAAGACGCAUCAGAUGAUAUCAUCCAGAAAAAUAGCUACAGGUACGACCAUUCUGUUUCAAAUGACAAAGCCCUGAUGGUGCUAACUGAAGAACCACUACUCUAUAUUCCUCCACCUCCUUGUCAACCCCUGAUUAACACAACAGAGUCUCUCAGGUUAAAUCAUGAACUUCGAGGGUGGGUUCAUAGACACGAAGUGGAAAGGACCAAGUCAAGAAGAAUGACAAAUAAUCAACAGAAAACCCGUAUUCUUCAGGGUACUUUGGAACAGGGCUCAAAUUCUCAGCUGAUGGCUGUCCAAUACACUGAAACUACUAGUAUCAGCAGGAACUCAGGAAGUGAGCUACAAGUAUAUUAUGCUUCACCCAGAAGUUAUCAGGAUUUCUUUGAAGCCAUCCGCAGAAGGGGAGACACAUUUUAUGUUGUGUCGUUUCGAAGGGAUCACCUGCUGUUACCAGCUACUACCCAUAAUAAGACCACAAGACCAAAGAUGUCUAUUGUAUUGCCAGCAAUAAACAUAAAUGAGAACGUGAUCAAUGGGCAGGAUUAUGAAGUAAUGAUGCAGAUUGAUUGUCAAGUGAUGGACACCAGGAUCCUCCACAUUAAAAGCUCGUCGGUUCCUCCUUACCUCCGAGAUCAGCAGAGGAAUCAAACCAACACCUUCUUUGGUUCCCCUCCAGCGGCCCCAGAGGCAACCCACGUGGUCAGCACCAUCCCUGAGUCUUUACAAUAGUAGUGGGCUACAUUGGAAAACUAAGAGGGAGACCCCACCCAACUGGAGCACAGGUGGGAGAAAUGCAUCUUUCUGCCUUCUCGGUGACAAGCAGAGAACUACCUAGUAAUAGAAUUUACGGGGUAGAAAGAGAAAAAAAAAAGUUGUUUUGUUUUUCACCAUCUACCCGUCUACUUGGAAGACACUGGAAUUCAGACGCAAGUGAACAGCAUUUCUCCAGUGGCAAACUCAGCCCUGCCUCUUCCUGUGUUACCUGGUGAAAAUUUUUUUUCUGUACCUUUGUAAGCUGCUUAUCCCUUGUAUUUGUUAUUUGUUUAAAUUGUCAUCUUCUUUCAGAUAAGUUCGACUGCCCCUCUUUACCAUUUCACUUACUGAUAAAGUGGUUUUUAUUUAAAGCUCUAUAGUACUUGAGUGCUCAGAUGUUUCCACUGACUGGAUUGUUUUAUUCAUUUAAUGCAAACCCAUUCUGUGUUCAUUGAGAAAACAAGUUUCAAAACCAGAGCAGCCAAAAAAGCACCCCAAAAAGAGUCAAAACAAAUUGGAGCUUUAGGUAAAAGGGAAAAUCCCCAAUUGGUAAAGUUGACCUGUACUUGGGAUUGGUGGUUCACACCUCAUACUGCUGACACUGCACACAAACAAGUGCGUUGGGGGAACGGGGACGAGUAGCAAAUGUGAGAGAAUGAAAUGGAAGGAAAGGGUUAGUGGUGGGGUUUUGAAAGAGGAGAUAGCUCCGUUAAUACAUGUGUUUAAAGCACUGAAAGUAUGAGUUUGGAUUGCGAUUUAAGAUUUAAGCCACGAAACCAUUGCCGUCGAGUCGAUUCCGACUCAUAGCGAACCUAUAAGACAGAGUAGAACUGCCCCAGAGGGUUUCCAAGGAGCACCUGGUGGAUUUGAGCUGCCCACCUUUUGCUUAGCAGCUGAGGUCUUAACCACUGGGCCACCAGGGCAACUGUUAAUUUUGAGAACUCUAGGCCCCCAAGUAUGAGUACUGUACAUACUUACAUCUUCUCUUUACUCACACGGUGUAGAUCCUUGAGGACCACAGGACAAAUCCUUCAUUUUAAUUGUGAGCCCCACCCCACUACACACCUUCUGUUCGUAAGAUGAUACCCAGCUCAGCUAAGGAACAUGGAGAGAACUUCAGACUCAGCAAGGCAAGAGCUUUUCCUUUUGAGGAUACACAAGUAUUUAUUCCUUAAGAGUAUGCAGGCAGGCAAGCUUGGAUUUCUGCUGAGAGGGCGCAGCCUCUAACGUGGCCAAAAUUUUCAGUUUCUCCAGUGAAUAGACAGUGAAGACUUAACUCUUCUGUCCUCCCAUGUUAAAAAACAACUACCAUGUUUACUUACAUUUUACUAUACUUUGCCUGCUUUUUUCUUCAGAGUAGACCAAGCAUGUUUAGUUUGGUGAACUCAUAGAAAUGGAUCCCAGGCAGUGUUGUCCUCUCUGAUGUUCUAGCUUCAAAUUCUAAAGCGAGUCUUCUGUCUCCUUUCACAAAGCUUUUCAAUUUCUUGUCAGACCUCAUUCUGAGAACACUGCUUCCUACCCUAAUUGACUUGCCUUUGCCAGAUUCCUUCACCUCCCAUUCCACCCUAUCUCAGUCCAUUCCUCUUCCUCCUUGCAAGGAAAGGAAAGUGAAAUUGUAUCAACCUCUCAAGGGUUACAUGUAGCCAGUUAGUUUUCUGCUUGUGAAAUUAGGCCUGGCUUGUGAAUAAUUUUGAAGACUCUCCGAUACUUCUGACUCUCUGGACAGGGAUGCCUCUCUGUGGAAUCUAGUGACGCUUUCCAGGGAGAUCAAUUUAACUUUUGUGAGGGGAAAAAGCAUGGGGGGAGACGGGGGAGCUCCAUUUCCUGGUAUUCUGUAGUUUGAGAAGUGUUAAUUAGCCUUCCUCUUUGUCCACACGUACAAACAGUUUUUAAGUCAGUGCCGCUCUCCCCUCUGAUUUGGCUCUCAUGGGUGAUCUCAGACAAGAGCCAGCAAGAACCAUUUUCCCUGAGGACCACUCUUACUGCUUGAUGGCCACCAAGGAAUACAAGGCAGAUGCCUAGAAGAACUUAGGUUAGAGGGAAUACCUUCUUCUGGCCCUGCUCCUUCUCGUUCUGUCGUGUGAAUUAGCCAAACGAGACCCUGUGACCGUGGCUAGUAGGCAUUGGCAACUUGGUUGUCCCAUACUGCUAAUCUUCUGCUGGGACUGUCCUAGUACAGGCAGUCCCCAGUUUGGGUUUUGGUUUUGGUACCUUACCCAUUGCCUUCAAGUCGCUUCCAACUCAUAGCGACCCUAUAGGACAGAGUAGAACUUUCCCCAUGGGGUUUCCAAGGAGCAGCUCGUGGAUUCGAACUGUCAACCUUUUGAUGAGCAGCCGAGCCCUUAACCACUGUGCCACCAAGGCUCCAUAUACAUAUGCACCAGGACUGUAUAUGCAUACAAAGGUAAAACACAUAGACUUACCUACAAAUUCGACUUAAAGACAGCCUUAGGAACAGAUCUCAUUUGGAACUGGGGACUGCCUGUAGAUACAAACACAGUAUACAUGGAGUGAUCAUAAGUAGAGAGGCCCUUCUCUCCUUUGCACUGAAUCACACAAGAACUCAUUACAUGGACUUCUUGUUUUUAGCACUUCACUUUUACUUUAUCCCUCCAUUCCUAGCUUUUCCUGUGGCUAUUUUACCAAUUCAUCAGAUUGAUGACUUAAAUUAUGUCCUGUUAACCCCACUCACUGCCCUUGAGUUGAUUCCGACUCCUAGCGACCCUAUAGGACAGAGGAGAACUGCCCCCACAGGGUUUCCAAGCCUGUAAUCUUUACAGAAGCAGAUUGCCACAUCCUCCCAAGGAGCCGCUGGUGAGUUCGAACCCCCAACCUUUCAGUUAGCAGUCAAUCACUUUAACCACUGCACCACCAGGGCUCCUUUAUGUCAUGUUAGCCAAACUUAAUGCCUCUUUGACAGGUGAAAUGGUUGAUGGUUAGGAAGGAGUCACAGCCAAAGAGCAGGCAGAUUCUAGAACGGCCCAGCGGUGGAGUUAAGGAGUUAAGGCUAGCUGUGAAGUGGCGAGCAAAGCAGCAUGCGAGCAUCGCCUCCUCUCCUCGCUGUCUGAUCCUUCAGCUCGCUGUCAUUAGCUUUCCUGAAGUGAUCUUUCUGGAGGAGGGAAUGGGAUUCCUCCUGGGAUAAAGUGUCAGGAAAUAAGUGAAAGGCAACUGACAAGUGCAAAGUAUUCUGUUUUUUUAAGUUGCUAUCAAAACUAUUAUUAAUCCCUUGGCACAAGAAUAAAUUUUUAUUGUCAUAUUUGCUGUUUGCAUGCCUAGCACAAGGCCUUUAGGUAAUGGAAAGUUGCUGUGCCAGAUUAAUAAAUUAAGCUUGCCUUUUCUCUCAAUUUUUUUGGGCAGGAUUGCCUUUUGGGGUUGCAGCUGGGAGAUUGGGAGGGUAUAUACAUAUAUAUAUAUAUAUUUAAUUUAUUACAUUUUUAAGUGGGAUUUUGCAUGCUUGCGAGAAAAUUGGAAACCCUGGUGGCAUAGUGGUUUAGUGCUACAGCUGCUAACCAAAAAGUGUGCAGUUUGAAUCCACCAGGCGCUCCUUGGAAACUCUGUGGGGCAGCUCUGUUCUGUCCUGUAGGGUUGCUAUGAGUUGGAAUUGACCCAAUGGCAACGGGUUUGUUUUUUUAUUUUGGGGUGAGAAAAUUAGAUAAACUCCUGGAGGAGGCAGCCUGCCUGUUAUUAGAUGGCCGAGUACUCUAUGCGCUGACCAUUGUGUAGCAUUCUAUCCUGUUGGGAGGUUAUGGUAGAGACUGAUGGAAACGGGUUUUCUGCCUGGUUUCAAGUCUCCUUUAGCCUUAAUGUAAGUGAAUGGACGCUUCUUCGUGCUAACUACCAAGUGACAUGUUCGGAGCUUCUUCCCCUUGGGGGUUAAUGCCUCCUGUCUGCAUCCCAGCAGUACAGGGACCCAGCAAGGCCUCCUUCCAAAGUUAGGAGUUUGCAAAAGGAUCGAUCUUGGAACAAAUGUAUCAUUUGCCACCCUUGUAGUGUAGAAACUUUAGACUAUUGGGUGGAGUUUGUGUUUUCACAAGUAAAAAAAAAUCCCUCCUGAUUAUAAAAGCUCAAAACAUCUUCUAAUUUUUUUUUUUUAAGCUUUAG